AUGCCCGAGGGUUUGGUUUUUCGAUCUCCUGAACCCCGCGAGCGUCCUUGGACGCCUCCAGCAGGUUUUAUUACCCUCUAUGAGCAUUAUUUUACUGAUUGCGGUCUAUGGUUUCCUCUGCCGGAGUUUUUGACGCGUUACUGCGCGAGGCGUAAGAUAGCUAUCUCCCAGCUUUCUGUGGGAGGUAUCCGCAACGCAGCUGGUUUGGCGAUACUGGGUACCGAUUGUGGCGUAGAGGUUGAUGUACAUUUCCUUGAGGAGGCUACCAGGUUUACGAAAGUCAGAGGUAGUCCGGGGUACUUUUAUACUAGUGCUAAAUCGGGUUAUCAGAUCGUCACCGGAGCUGAGAAGAAGAUUCGUCAUUGGCAGCGUUAUUUUUUCUUUGUCAAGCUAGAUGAGACUUCGGUUGACAACCUCGAUAUGUUUUACGCUACUGAGUGGAAUAUGGUUCCCGAGCCUGUCGUUCGCUUGCGUGCUCAUCCUCCAGGUUUUUUCGACAAUCUCAGGAAGAUCAGAGCGAGAGGGGCGAUUGAUUGGCCUUCGAUUACUCAGAGAUCUCGUCUACCGCGCUUAGGGAUGGGAAAAGUUAACACUCGUCUUCCUCGAUACGCCGAUCAGUUCAAGAAGGCCGUUGAUGCUGGGUCUUCUUCGCGCGCUGCCGACACUGAAGUCGUUGACCCGUCAGCCGGCGGAGGUGUCGAUCUGCGAGUUGCAGGAGAUUUGAGAUCGGCGGAGGUGGCCGCUACCCGCGCCGACAAAAGAGCUGCCAAGGUUCCUGCUGUCGUUCCGCGUGCGCAGAAGUCACGUGGCGAGGCUUCUGAUGCCCUAGCGAUCGUCGUCGCUGAUUCUGGACGUCCUACUCCAUCAAGGAAGAGAGCUUCUCAUGGUGAGGUGGUUGCUCCCGAGCCCGAAUCGUCCAAGAGAUCUAGGAGGGAUGGCAUACCGCGCGACACCACUGAGAUUGAUGAUUCGUUCUCCUUUUCUUACAAGACAAAGGAUGAGUUGUUUAUCAACAACGCUACUGCUUGUGGUGAGCUUGCUAGCAAGGUUCGCGGCUCCUUCGACCCGCUUCCCUCUGUGGGUUCUCUCUAUGAUCCCGAGCUGUAUCGGUCGUGGGCUCGGAAACACUUCCAGGAUGGUGGUGGCGUGAAUCGUAUGGUCGUCUCGUACGAGCGUCGCAUUGCCGAGCUGGAGAAGCAACUUGCUGAUUCUCGUACCUCUGAACCAUCGAGGAGAUCGGCUGAGGAGCUUCGUCAGGAUCUCGAUAAAGAGCGAGGGGUUUCUGCUGUUCUUACGAAGCAAACUGCCGGUUUCAGGAAGCAAGUGGCCGAUCUCAAGGCUUCUCUUAACGCUUCCCGCUCUCGUCUUGAGCAGUUUGAGGUUGAUCACGCGUUUCAGAAGGCGCAGUUGCAGCAGCUGCAAGCAGAGCGGCAUGGCAUCGAUGUCGAGGUUGCCGACUACAAGUCUCGUAUUGAGAGGAUGAGGAGGCAUAUUAUUGACAACAGAGCGGCGCAGGAGUCUCUUCUGACUUUGAGCCAGGUGAGCGGCACCUAUGAUUGUCUUCAGGAGCUGGUGAAGAGUGGUACGGUCAUUCCGUCGAAGACUUUGCUCGGCUUGGAGGCUGACGUGAAGAUGUGGGAGGAGAAGGUUCUUGGUUUCGAUAUUGCCGAUGUUUUGGACAGCGACCUCGAGGCUCUUCCAGAGACCGCGAUCGUUCCUACGAACCUUCAGGCGGUGGAGGUUCCCGUGGUUGUAGGAGAGGAGGUCGUCAUGGCAGGGGCACCUGCGGGCUCGGGCGCUCAGGUUGCUGCCGAGCAGUGACUUGCUUUUGUCUUGUUUCAUUAGA